AUGACACCAGCUCCCAAGAAAACACUAUACUUAACGAUUAUGGCUGCACUUGGCCUCAUUUGCGCUGUUCUCGCAUUCUUUCUGUAUUUUGAGACUUCAUCUCCUGUUUGCCCACCUACAUCUGAGGAGUAUUAUGAAGGCAUGGAUCCAAAUGCAAAGCCCAUAGUCCUGCUGUGGUUCUGGCCUCUUGGAGGGAAGUUUGAUCUUAAAGCUUGCUCUAUCUACUUCAACAUUGAUAGCUGUAUUCUGACAGCUGACAGAUCGCUCUACAGCAAAGCACAGGGAGUUAUUUUCUUCCAUAAAAACAUAGACUGGAAUUUACGUAACAUGCCGCAGGGGCCACGUCCAGCUUUUCAGAAGUGGAUUUGGUUCAAUGUGGAAUCCCCAACAAACACAGUGAAGAAACCGAGUCUGGCCAACCUGUUCAACUUAACGCUGAGCUACAGAAGAGAUGCUGACAUCACGGUGAGGAACGAGCUCACUAUCAGGAAGACAGAACUGAAAGAUGACUUUGCUCUGCCCAAGAAAGACAAACUGGUGUGCUGGAUCGUCAGCAACAAAGACCACUCCACUGGAACAGCUUUGAGAGAAAGAUAUUAUCACGAACUGUCCAAACACAUUAAGAUCCACGUCUUUGGUACAGCCUAUACAGGGAAACGUUUGAGUUAUGCUGAAUAUUAUUCAACCAUUGCUAGCUGUAAAUUUUACCUUUCAUUUGAGAACUCGAUCCACAGAGACUACAUCACAGAGAAGGUUAACGGGCCCCUCGUGGCAGGGACGGUCCCUGUAGUUUUGGGUCCGCCAAGAGAAAACUAUGAGCAGUUCCUGCCCCCUGACGCCUUCAUUCACAUAAAUGAUUUUCCUGAUGCAAAGUCGCUGGCAGCGUUUCUGCUCAACAUGAAGGACGAGGCGUACAGGCGUUACUUUGAGUGGAGGAAGUUCUACACAGUCACGCCUCAUCUCCUGUCAAUCGGCAAUGAAUUUAUUCAACCUGUCUGCCUCGCCUGCAAACACAUGUCAAGAGACAAGGAAUUCAAUGUAGUUCAUGACCUUUAUAAGUGGUACUCGAUGUGA